AUGUACUCUCAAAACCAUCAACAGCAGGGCCACAAUGCUCGGCUGAACGGGGCCGGCCGGGGGAUUCCCAACAUGCUCUACAACUUCCAGCAGCAUGCCCAGCACCAACACCCGUCCCAGCCCCAGCACCACCAGAGUCUACAGCACGACCACGGCCUCUCUUCUGGAAACGGUCUCGGCCAUCACACACCCUUUGCAACCAACGCCCUCACCAAUUCAAACGCUUUCAAUUCCGGGGUCUUGUCCAACGGUCAUGCGGCGACCUCGCGCAAUCAAGCUCCGCAGAACGAGAUGUGGCAAGAACAGCUGCGCAUGCACAAGGAAGCAGAACGAGCUCACUCGGCCAUGACCGAUCAACAGCAACCUCACUACUACGCGAGACUUAAGGCGUCCGAGAAUAGAGGAAUCGGUGGUCCGUCCCCUAGUCGCGGUAGGACUCAAGCCGACGGCGAGAACGACCCGGAAGAUAGGAGACGCCCGUAUCUUCUUGAAAGAGAGACGACUCGGCAGGAUUGGCACAACAUGGACAUGUCGGGACAAGGCCUCCGGAACCUAGCCCCCGAACUCUUCCAAUACAAGUUUCUCAACGAGCUCUACAUCGCCUCCAACAAACUCACGCGGCUACCAAAAGAGAUUGGGGAGCUGCGGCAACUGCGACACCUCGACGCCUCCUACAACCAGCUAUCCGAGCUACCUGCCGAGCUUGGCAUGUGCACGUACUUGAAGAAUCUGUUACUCUUCAACAACGACAUUCGCGAUCUCCCGUUCGAGCUUGGCUCUCUCCAUCUUUUGGAAAUGCUGGGAAUAGAAGGGAAUCCUCUUGAUCCGGCCUGGAAGCAGGAAAUCGUGGAAAAGGGCACAAAGAGAGUGAUCAAUGCUCUCAGAGAAGGUGCUCCAAUGCCCGAACCCCCGGCACCACGCAAGGACAUUAUCAUACAGGACGAUGUUUCGCCGACUUUGGAACGAAUCAAGGUCUUCUCAUGGAACAUCUUGUGCGACAAGUACGCGACACCUCAAAUAUACGGCUACACCCCGACAAACGCGUUGGAUUGGCAGUAUCGCAAAGGUUGCAUCCUGCAGGAGCUGAGACUCCGCGAUGCCGACUUUUUAAACUUGCAGGAGGUGUCGACGGAUGCGUUCAAGGAGGAUCUGAGUCCCGAGCUAGCGCAGAUGGAUUACAGGGGCGUCCAUUGGCCCAAAUCGCGCGCCAAAACCAUGGCGGAGAGAGACGCGCAAACAGUCGACGGUUGCGCGGUGUUCUAUAAGCAGAGCAAGUAUAUUCUGCUGGACAAGCAGCUCAUUGAAUUCGCAACGAUUGCAAUCAACCGGCCCGACAUGAAGAACCAGCACGACGUCUUCAACAGAGUGAUGCCCAAGGACAACAUCGCCGUGAUUUGCUUCUUCGAAUCUCGCCUUACUGGCGCGCGCAUAAUCCUGGUCAACGUACAUUUGACCUGGGACUCGGUGCUCGCGGACGUAAAGGUGAUCCAGACGGGCAUUCUCAUGGAGCACCUGACGAAGCUGGCCGAGAAGUACGCCAGAUGGCCGGCUGUCAAGGACAAGAAGCUCAUCACAGGACCUCUGGCCGACAAGGCCGAGGCACCCAAGCCUCAGGCCGAACCGGGGCCAAGCCAGGAGUAUCGUUCAAACACGGACAUACCAAUGCUCGUGUGCGGAGACUUCAACUCGACGGAGAACUCGUCGGUGUACGACUUGAUGUCGAUGGGCCGAGUCCCCCCGAAUCACCCAGACCUGAGCAGCUACCAGUACGGCAGCUUCACGAGAGAUGGCAUUGAGCAUCCCUUUAGUUUGCGAGAUGCCUAUGCACACAUCAAGAACACGGCCGACGAGAUGCCCUUUACCAAUUACACGCCAGGGUUCGCCGAUGUCAUUGACUACAUCUGGUAUUCAACCAACACGCUGGAAGUAGUCGACUUGCUGGGCCCUCCAGAUCCCGCCUAUCUAAAGAGAAUGCCUGCCUUUCCUCACUGGCACUUCCCGGCCGAUCAUAUCCAAAUCAUGGCCGAGUUUAUCAUCAAGGCAAGGAAGGAGAAGAAGCAAAACCCAGACAGGGAACAGCAAGCCGAUUCAAGCGGUGUCUCGGCAUCAGGACGAGGUUGA